ACCAAGAAAAGAAUUAGAAAUUAUUUCGAUGUAGUAAGUUGCGAGGUGGGUGAUAUACUCUAUCGUUUACGAUCAACUAAAAAAAUCAGGUUGCAACUGUUUUUCGAUGACUUCGGUAAAUUCCGUAACUAGUUCAAAGUGUGAACAGUGAAACAUGGCGUGGUCUCCGGAAGAAAAUGGACUGCGUCAAAUUCUACAAUUAUUGAAAGAAUCUCAGUCUCCUGAUACAGCUGCACAGCGGGCAGUUCAACAAAAACUUGAGGAAUUGAAUACUUACCCUGACUUCAACAAUUACCUCAUUUUUGUGCUGACUAAAUUAAAAUCUGAAGAUGAUCCAACUCGGUCACUCAGUGGUCUCAUCCUCAAAAACAAUGUUCGAGCUCACUUUGAGAAAUUCCCUUCAGAAGUCACUAAUUUCAUCAAAUCAGAAUGUUUACAGAGUAUUGGCGAUUCUUCUCCGUUAAUUCGGGCCACAAUUGGCAUUCUGAUCACAACUAUAGUGGCGAAAGGGGAGUUGAGAAACUGGCCAGAACUGUUACCCAGUCUUUGUCAAUGCCUAGACUCAGAAGAUUACAGUGUUUGUGAGGGUGCUUUUGGUGCAAUGCAGAAGAUCUGUGAAGAUUCUACGGAAGCACUUGACAGUGAUCUUGUAAAUCGACCGCUUAAUAUACUUAUACCAAAGUUUCUUCACUUUUUUAAACACAACAGUGCAAAAAUUCGUUCACAUGCCAUUGCUUGUGUCAACCAGUUCAUCAUAAGUCGGACUCAGGCCUUGAUGAUGCACAUUGAUUCCUUUAUUGAAAAUCUCUUUUACUUGGCAAGUGAUGAAGAUACUGAGGUUCGUAAGAAUGUUUGCCGUGCUCUGGUGAUGCUUGUUGAAGUGAGAAUGGAUCGCUUAAUACCCCACAUAAAUGACAUCAUUGGAUAUAUGAUGUUACGCACUCAAGAUGAUGAUGAUGCAGUUUCCCUGGAAGCUUGUGAGUUUUGGCUUUCUCUUGCUGAACAACCAAUUUGUAAAGAUGUUUUGGCUCCUCAUAUUAUGAGGCUAGUUCCUAUUUUAGUGAAAGGAAUGAAAUAUUCUGAAAUUGAUAUUAUUUUAUUAAAGGGUGAUGUUGAAGAAGAUGCUACUGUCCCUGAUAAAGAAUCUGAUAUAAAACCUAGAUUUCACCGAUCUAGGACUCACAGCCAAAAACAUCAAGAAGGAGAAGAGGAUGGGGAAUAUUCUGAUGAAGGUUUUGAUGAUGACGACAGUCUGUCUGAUUGGAACUUACGUAAAUGUUCUGCUGCCGCUUUGGAUGUUCUUGCUAAUGUAUUCCGUGAUGAACUGCUGCCAAUUCUAUUACCAAUCCUGAAAGAAACUUUAUUUCAUGAAGACUGGGACAUUAAGGAAUCUGGUAUUUUAGUGCUUGGCGCCAUUGCUGAAGGCUGCAUGACAGGGAUGGUUCCUCAUUUACCUGAACUUAUUCCUUACUUGAUCAAUUGUUUAGCAGAUAAGAAAGCAUUAGUCAGAUCCAUUACCUGUUGGACACUUAGUCGAUAUGCACAUUGGGUUGUUGGACAACAACAUGAACUUUAUUUAAAACCUUUGAUGACUGAACUUUUAAAAUGUGUUCUUGACACGAACAAACGUGUCCAGGAAGCUGCUUGUUCAGCCUUUGCUACCCUUGAAGAAGAGGCUUGUACUGAACUUGUUCCUUACUUGGGGUAUAUUUUGGAAACCCUUGUAUUUGCUUUCAAUAAAUAUCAACACAAAAAUUUGUUAAUUCUUUAUGAUGCGAUUGGCACUUUGGCUGACUCAGUUGGUCAUCACCUGAAUAAACCUGAAUAUGUGAAUUUGUUGAUGCCUCCUUUGAUCCAAAAAUGGAAUGUACUGAAAGAUGAAGACAAAGACCUUUUCCCACUUCUUGAAUGUUUGUCAAGUGUUGCAACAGCUUUACAAUCUGGAUUUCUUCCCUAUUGUGAACCAGUCUAUAAACGAUGCGUUUCACUUGUAGAGCAGACUCUCAACCAAAACUUUGCCAACUUGACACAUCCUGAGCAGUAUGACCCACCAGACAAGGACUUUAUGAUAGUUGCCUUGGAUCUUUUAAGUGGCCUUGCUGAAGGACUUGAACAUCACAUAGAAGGUCUUGUUGCUAAUAGUAACAUCCUUAAAUUGCUCUUUCAGUGUAUGCAGGACCCAAUGCCUGAAGUUAGACAAAGUUCUUUCGCUUUGCUAGGAGACCUGACUAAAGCUUGCUUCCAACAUGUAAAGCCAUGUAUAGGUGAAUUUAUGCCAAUACUUGGUGCUAAUUUGAAUCCAGAAUACAUAUCAGUGUGUAAUAAUGCAACAUGGGCUAUUGGUGAAAUUUCCAUCAAAAUGGGUCAUGAAAUACAGCCAUAUAUAAAUUUAGUUGUCACACCUCUCAUUGAAAUAAUCAAUCGACCUAACACCCCAAAGACUCUGCUGGAGAACACAGCGAUAACAAUUGGUCGCCUUGGUUUAGUAUGUCCGCAAGAAGUCGCCCCUAUGUUACAACAGUUUAUCAGGCAGUGGUGUACUUCCUUGCGGAAUAUCCGUGACAAUGAAGAAAAGGAUUCUGCUUUCCGUGGAGUGUGUAACAUGAUAAAUGUGAACCCAGCUGGUGUUGUACAAGAUUUCAUUUUCUUCUGUGAUGCUGUUGCCUCUUGGGUGCACCCCAAACAUGACCUUAAAGAAAUGUUUUACAAGAUUCUUCAUGGAUUCAAGCAACAAGUUGGAGAUGAGAAUUGGUCCAAGUUUUCAGACCAGUUUCCACAACCUCUUAGAGAGCGACUUGCUGUUAAUUAUGGAGUUUGAUUAUCUAGGUUGCUCACCAAGGAUGGGAAGGGGUUCUAGGGAUGGUCAACAAGCAACCAGGGGCAGCAGCGGCUACGGCAGCAGCAGUAGCAGCAGCCUCAAUCUCAUGGCUACUACUCCAGGGGGCCGUACGUACAGGGGUUGGCGUAGGGGAAGGUAGGGCCAGCUCAGCUAAGUCAGGAGGGGGGUGGGUCCCUGCAAACGACAGUUCCCCAAACCGGAGGAGUUAAUGGAAAUAAUUAAAUUAAACUAUGGAAAAGGUUUUACUGGGGGGUGGAUAAUUUCUAGAUCCCUCUAUUUCCUAAGUAUUAUUACUAACAUAAAACUAUUAUUACUAUUUGGGGAUUGUCAAUUGCCCCUGCAGCAGAAGCAGCAGUCUACUGGAAAGUAAAACAAAAAAAAAAAAUUCAAGUGAUCAUCAGCUUCAUUGGGAGGGAUGUGAUUGGGAGGGAUUUGUACAUGUUUUCUUGUCGUACAGUGUCUGCAUUCCUGCCUCUGCUGACCGACAAACUGAUGAUUAUGCCACUAAACAAGCACAGCAAGCAGCUGCAGUCAUCAACUCCACUACUAUACUACAACCACCAUCACCAUAACCAACUUGCUGUUCUCUCUUUCACUCCUCCAUAAUAUUCCUUUAAUAUCCUCCUCAAUAAUAUAUGUUGACCCUUGACUGGAUCUGCUUCAGUUUUGUAUUUCCCCCCUUUUUUUUAUUGCAUGCAGCAGCAAAAAAAAAAAAAAUAUAAUAAAAAAGACG